ACAGGACAGAGCAGCUCAUGAAUUUCCUGUCUCUGAAGUUGUACACAGAAAAUAAGAAGACUUGAGAUGUUCAGAGAGGAAGCUGCCAGAAGAGUAGAAAGCGCAGAGAGUUGCCACUGGCAGCACAAGCAGCUCUUGGCCGUGAAAGAAGAUUGAAAGAAAAGUUCAGUGACGACUCCUUAACUGCACUCUUUAAUGCUGGAAAUGUUACUCAGCUAAUAUCAACAACUCAUGUGUUAAUCUCUUGAAAGCCUUAUAGAAAAUGAGUAAUGCAUGUUUGGAUUUCUUGGGACCUCCUGGAAAGGGCUAAAGUUAAACAUCAGAGGAUUUCAUCACAGCGAAACUAUUAUUUGCUGGAUUGCUUUGAUUUUUUUUUUUUGAACUGUUGGAUUACGAGUCAGUAUAAUUGUACUUCUACAAUCUAGAUGUUUAUUUCUUCAUAUUCAGCACCAGAAAGGAUUGUUACAUAAUUGUGGAUUAUUAUAAACCAGAAGUAAGGCAUGGGUUAUAAUGUGCAAGAAGCCGAUUGAUAAAUGUUUCCUUCCAUUUGUCUGAUAAAAGGAAGGGAAUACUCAGAAAAAGUCUUCUAAUAAUCAGUACAACUUGGUGCUAGCCCAGUGUUCUCAGUAGAUGUUCACAAUGACUUUGGAUAAAGCCUCUCUGGGAAAAACAACAGUCAAGCUCCAGAUAGGUCUAUGUCGUGAGGCCUAUCACCUCCACCCUAGUGAGGUCAAUUUCCAAACAGUGAAGAGGCUCGCUGUGGACCUUGUGGAAAAGAAGUAUCCUGAAUAUGGAUUUUUGGGUGUUUCCGAAAAGAUUCAACUUUUUCGCCAUAACCUAAACUCAGAAAAUGUCCUGGAGCUUCUUAUACCCAGCAAUUUUAUAGGAGAAGGAGAAUUAAUUGAAGUAAUUCUUCCUGCUUCUGUGUCCCUUGACUUCUCAAUCCGACCUCACAUCCUACUAGUUCAUUCCUACAAAUCUCCAGCCUUUUGUGACUAUUGUGGAGAGAUGUUGUUUGGCUUGGUGAGACAAGGUCUAAAAUGUCAAGGCUGCGGUCUUAACUAUCACAAGAGAUGUGCCUUUAAGAUACCUAACAAUUGCAGGGGUGUCAAAAGAAGCCACCUUUCCAGUAGAUCAUUUACAGGAGCAAGUUCUUUCACCAAACAAAGGACGUUACCUACUGGAGGCAGUCUAGAGGACCUAGGAGCGCAUUAUUCAGAGUCACAGGUUAACAACAAGAAAUCUCGGGUCCCCUCCUUCAAGGGACGACCGAUAUGGAAAGAUUGGCAAGAUAUGAACAGAGUGAAGGUCCCUCACACCUUUCAAGUCCAUACGUAUACACGUCCCACAAUUUGUCAGCAUUGCCGUCGCCUCCUAAAGGGGAUUUUCAGACAGGGAAUGCAGUGCAAAGACUGCCGCUUCAAUUGUCACAGACGAUGCGUGCCAGAUGUACCAGACGAGUGCCUGGGAGAGGUAUCCAGUAUUGAUGGAGAAGAUGGAGAAAGUUUUAGCCAAGAAGUUGAAGAUGAAAAUGAGAAUGAACGACCAGUCAGCCUCAGUGGUAGUACACAGGAUGAAGAGGAGUGUUUGCUUAAAAGUACAGAAAGCGCGGUUUGUCCAUGUGAUAACACAGCGUUUGAAAGUAACUUCAUCCCACUCAUGAGAGUUGUGCAGUCUGUGCGGUAUAACAAGAAGAAGAACAGUUGUGUGUUGAUUGAAGGCUGGCUUGUCCACUUUACCAGCAAGGACAGUAUGAGGAAGAAACAUUACUGGCAGCUGGAUAGUAAAUGUAUAACCUUAUUCCAUAACGAAACUGGUGGCAAAUUUUACAAGGAACUGCCUCUUUCUGAUAUUCUUCACAUUGAGGCUUUUGACAAAAAUGUCAAUGGCCUGAGUAAAGAUGGAGAGACACCACACUGCUUUGAGCUGUUGACAGACACCUUGGUGUAUUACGUUGGGGAGAGACGUCCUAAUCCACAGGCUGGUUACAACCGUGCAGAUUCUGGAGAUACCUGGUAUAGAAUGAUUCGUCAAGCCUUGAUGCCUGGCAUGAAUGAGAGCACACCAACAAAGGAUUUGGCUCAGCCAAGCAUUCCAGGAGCUUCUAUUCAACCACAGCAUAAUUUGGAUAUCAGUCAUAUGUAUCAGAUCUUCCCGGAUGAAGUUCUAGGAUCAGGACAAUUUGGCAUUGUCCAUGGAGGAAAGCAUCGGAAAACUGGGAGAGAUGUUGCAAUAAAAAUCAUUGAUAAGCUUAGAUUUCCCAGCAGGCAAGAAAGUCAGCUAAGAAACGAGGUGGCCAUACUGCAGAACUUGCGCUGCCCUGGUGUUGUUGACCUUGAAGCUAUGUGUGAGACCCCUGAACGUAUUUAUGUAGUCAUGGAAAAGCUACAUGGUGAUAUGUUGGAAAUGAUCCUGUCCAGUGACAAAGGUAGACUUCCUGAAAGGAUCACAAGGUUUAUUGUGACUCAGAUAUUGGUAGCUCUACGCCACCUUCACGCAAAGAAUAUAGUUCACUGUGAUCUCAAACCGGAGAAUGUUCUCUUAGUAACAGAAGAUCCAUUUCCACAGGUAAAACUUUGUGACUUUGGCUUUGCUCGCAUCAUUGGUGAAAAGUCUUUCAGAAGGUCUGUUGUUGGGACUCCUGCAUAUCUGGCCCCUGAAGUUUUGAGGAACAUUGGUUACAAUCGGUCACUAGAUAUGUGGUCUGUUGGAGUGAUCAUCUAUGUCAGCCUUAGUGGUACCUUUCCCUUUAACGAAGAUGAAGAUAUUAAUGAUCAGAUACGGAAUGCAGCAUUUAUGUAUCCUAAGAACCCGUGGAAUGAAAUUUCAAAUGAUGCAAUUGCCCUUAUUAGCAGUUUGUUGCAAGUACAAAUCAGAAGACGAUUCAGUGUGGACAAGGCGCUUAGUCACCCAUGGAUGCAGGAUUUUCAAACUUGGUUGGACCUCCGGGAGUUAGAGACCAAAGUUGGGCAAAGAUACAUUACUCAUGAGAGUGAUGAUGCACGCUGGCAGCGAUUUGCAGAGGAAUGUGGUAUUGAAUACCCUCAACAUUUUGUCAUGGGUCCCCGGUAUGAUGAAACCGAAGAGGAAGAUGAAGAAUAAAGGCUUACAGGAUCUGUGAUGGUGAAUACUGUUUAUUGGUCAAGUGAAAGACUUGAACGCUUUUUUGUUUUUUAUUUUGUGUCAUACCCAGUGGCCUGAAGGGUUAAUGACGAUGAGGGACAUUGAGCUUUAUUGGACAGUAAGAGUAUAUUUCUGAUUAUAUAUAAAAUUAUAUUUGUAACCAUAACAUACAGAUAUUCAUUAAAACAAGAAACAUAUUUUCAUUUGCAUCCACAUUCUUGAAUGAAUUGUACGGCUAAAUACUUUCACUGCAAACUAAGACAAAGCUAAACCAUAGCUUUUAUUUAAUGUAUUAGGCUACUUUCACACUAGCGUUUUAGUUUUACGGUACUGAGUUCCGUCAUAGGGGCUCAAUACCGGAAAAAACACUUCAGUUUUGUCCCCAUUCAUUAUCAAUGGGGACAAAACUGAA